AUGGAGGCCGCCAUCUUGAGCGGCUCCAUCAAAAUUAUGCUGCCGAAGCUCUUGUCGCUGGUGGAGAAGAGUUGGAAUCUGAGCAAGGACAUCAUGAGGGACAUCAAAUUCCUCGAGAAGGAGCUCGGCAUGAUUGUCCGUUCCAUCGACAUGGAGCUCAACGCGCCGAGACAGGAUCAUGGAGCAGCCCUGCUGCUCCUGUCGAUCGAAGAUCUGCGCGAACUGGCUCACGGGAUAGAGGACUGCAUCGACAGCCUCAUGUAUCGCGCGAGCUGGAAGCAGCAGUCUUCUCUGUUCCGCCGGCGCGUACAGUCCCCCAAGACGCUCCUCACUGGGCUGCAGUUUGCCCAGAAGCUGCAGAGGAUGAAGCAGAUGGUGGUGGAGGCGCACGACCGGAGGCAGAGGUACCCCGUCCCCGCCCAGACCUCCGGUGAUGCCCCGUCGCCCUCCUCCUCUGCUUCGGAUCCGCGCCUCGUCGACGCAGAUCUCGUCGGCGUCGACGAGCACCGGGCGAAGCUCCUGGAGCAGCUGGCGGAAGCGGCCGAGGGGCAGCCGAUGCAGCUCAAGGUGGUCUCUAUCGUAGGGUGCUGGGGGUUGGGGAAGACUGCUCUUGCCGCCGAUGUGUACAAAACCGAAGCCGGCGGCGAGAGAUUCGACAAGCGCGCGUGGGUCUGUGCCGCGCUCAGGAGCCCCGGGGAGGUGCUGGCCAACAUGCUCCGGGAAUUCGGAUCUGAUUGCCAGGAAAGUGUGCUGCUGGACACCUCCAAUGUCUCGCAGCUGUGCGUACAAGUCAGAAAUCAUUUGGCCAACAAGAGAUAUUUCAUUGUAAUCGAUGACAUUCAAACCCAAGCGCAGUGGAAAAGAAUCAAAUCAGCUUUCCCAGAUGACAACGAUGGUAGCAGCAGAGUUGUGGUGACGACAACUAUUCAGUCAGUUGCUACUGCCUGCAGCUCUGAGAACGGCUAUGUGCACAGAAUGAGUAGACUCGAUGAAAAAUGCUCGAAGCGAUUAUUCUCUGAGAAAGCUUGCCCAAAGAAAUAUUUGCAUUAUGACCAACCUGAUACAACAGCAAUUCUGAACAAAUGCUAUGGCCAGCCCCUUGCCCUGAUUACCAUGGGUGAAUUCUUGAAAUCAAUUGGUUGGCCGAUUGGACGUACCUGUGAAGAUGCAUGCAACAACAUUCGUUAUCAUAUGGAGAACGGAGAGACCUUUGGUGAUAUGCGACGCGCUCUGAUGCGUAGCUACGCCAGUCUGGGCGGCCAUGCUCUCAAAGCCUGCUUGUUGUAUUUUGCCAUGUUCCCGAGUGAUCAUCCCAUGAGAAAGAAAAGCUUGUUGAGGCGAUGGUCAGCUGAGGGGAUUGUAGAAACCCAAGCUUCAUGUGAUGCCAUGAAACUUGCAGCUGAAAAUUUUGACGAGCUUAUGGACCGGAACCUCAUCGAACCCAUCGGUGUAAGCAACAAUGGUAACGUUAAGACUUGCCAAACUUAUGGCAUGAUGCGUGAGUUCAUUUUGCAGUUGUCAGUCUCCCAGAACUUUGUAACUUUGUUUUGUGAUGACAAGAAAGAGGCUGGCAAAUAUGCCCGUCGGCUUUCUCUCCAUCAUAAAAAUGCUAAAGAUGAUGACAGAUUCAAGAAUAUUGAUUUAUCACUUGUCCGAUCCCUGACAAUCUUCGGGGAGGCAUGUAAAACUGUACUCAAUUUCAGCAAGUAUGAACUGCUGCGAGUCCUGGAUCUUGAAAAAUGUGAUGACUUGAAGGAUGAUCAUAUCAAAGGCAUAUGCAACCUGCUGCUGCUGAAGUAUCUGAGCCUUGGGGGUAGUGUUACCGAACUUCCAGAGGAUAUUGCAAAACUGGAGCAUUUGGAGGCACUUGAUGUGAGGAAAACAAAGGUAAAUAUACUGCCGGUGGAAGUUUUUUUGUUGCCCUGUUUAAUGCACAUAUUGGGAGAGUUUAGGAUUUCAGACAAAGUCUACAAAAAGAGUGUUUUCCUCAAAAAGAAGACGGGUAAUGAAGUGCGGAAGUUUCUUUCCGAAGGAAAAAGUAACAUUGAAACUCUAGCAGGAUUUAUCACCGAUGGAAGUGAAGGGUUUCUUCAUCUCAUGGGUCAUAUGAAUAGAUUGAGGAAGGUGAAGAUUUGGUGUAAGCCAUCUGCAGCUGCAAGUAGCACUGACUGGUCCGAUCUUAUGACGGCCAUUCAACAGUUCAUUCAGGACAAAAAGGACGAAAAUAGUGAUACUACACGUUCUUUAUCGCUUCAUUUUGAUGAAUGCUCUGGAGAUUUCCUGGAUCCCAUACAAGGACCCUGCUAUCUCAGCUCUCUGAAAUUACAUGGCAACUUAACUAUAUUGCCUCAGUUUGUUGUAUCACUUCGGGGUCUCAAGGAGCUUUGCCUUUCGACUACUAAACUUACAACUGGUGUUCUUGAGGCUUUGAGUAGUUUGAGCCACCUGCAGUAUUUAAAACUGAUUGCUCAUGAAAUUGAGGACUUCAGUAUAGAAGUUCAUGCACUGCCCAGGCUUCUACGCCUUUGUUUUGAGCUGCAACGUCCGACAUUCCCCACAAUCAAACAAGGAGCUAUGCGGUUUCUCGUCACACUCCAGCUUCUUUGCAAAGAUAUAAAUGAUCUUUCUGUCAUCAACAUUGAAUGUUUCGAACAUCUUGAGGAGGUCAUCCUUCAUCCUAGAGUCAGUCAAGAAACCCAGAAACAAUGGGAGAAGGCCGCUGAGGAACACCCGAAUGGGCCAAAAGUUUUGUUGUUCAAAUCUGGUGAUGAAGCAGAGAAUUCAAAUGAUCUACUGAAUCCAGCAUUCAGUCGUAUGGGGAUUUCUGAAGUUUGUCCUCCAUUAAAUGAGUCGGCGAGCAGUAUUGUGGUGUCUUAA